UUCGUCUUUCUUCCCCGUCUCACUUUGCGAAGCCUUAGUUUUACAUCUCCCUGUGGCCCAACAAUCUCUGCAAUCGUAAAGCUCAUCGAUGGCGGGUCGAGGGAAAACCUUAGGAUCUGGUGCUUCGAAGAAGGCUACGUCACGAAGUAGCAAAGCCGGCCUGCAAUUCCCUGUCGGUCGUAUCGCACGAUUCUUGAAGGCUGGAAAAUACGCCGAGCGAGUCGGUGCCGGUGCUCCCGUUUAUCUCGCCGCUGUUCUUGAGUAUCUCGCUGCCGAGGUCCUUGAGUUGGCAGGAAACGCUGCAAGAGAUAACAAGAAGACUCGUAUUGUUCCUCGCCAUAUUCAACUGGCGGUCAGGAACGAUGAAGAGCUCAGCAAGCUUCUGGGGGAUGUGACGAUUGCAAACGGAGGUGUGAUGCCCAAUAUUCACAACCUACUGCUCCCCAAGAAGACGGGAGGCUCAUCGAAGGGCGCUGGUGGUGACGAUGACUCUUAAAUUUAAGGCUUGAGAAGCUCUCGCCCUUGGUUUUACGUGAUUCACUAUCUAAUGUAGUUUCAAUUUUAUAUUUCUUACUUUGAGAUGGGGAUUGGUCCUUUGUGCUCUGUCGACUUAGUUGUAGCUUUAGCUAGGGCUUCUGAUUGUAAUGUGAAUAGAAAUUAUCUUAUGAUUCCUUCAACCAA